CUGCGAUGCUGCUGUCGCGUCUUUUUCUGCUGGGGCUCGCCUCUGCUGGUUCCGGCGCGGUGGAGCUCACCAGAAAGAAUUGGGACGAGAUGACGAUGGGCAAGACCGCCUUCGUCAAGUUCUUUGCCCCAUGGUGUGGCCACUGCAAGAAGAUGAAGCCCGAUUGGGACAGGCUGAUGGAAGAGUACGAGGACUCCAGGACCAUCAUAGUGGGCGACGUGGACUGCAUCGGUGCGGGCAAGGAGCUCUGCAAGGACCACAACGUGAGGGGCUAUCCCACCAUCAAGCACGGGGACCCCACGGAGCCCGACGGCAUGGCAGAGUUCCCCGGCGAGCGCACCUACAGUGCGAUAAGCAAGUUUGCAGCGGGCCUCAAGCCGCAGUGCACCCCGAGGACCCUCGAGCACUGCCAGCCAGAGGACAGGGAGUUCCUGCAGUCCAUCCAGCGCCUCUCCGACGACGAGAUCGUCAGCAAGUGGGAGGAGAUCAGGGCCAAGGCGAGGGCCGCAGAGGCGGUCGUGGAGGCCAGGAUCUCGGACUACGAGAAGCUCCAGAAGCGGGAGGCGUGGUUCGCGGAGGUGGAGCAAAUGCCAGCCCCGGAGAAGCAGGAGCUGUGA